UUUAUAGAUAAAUACAUUUUCUUUUAAAGGUUGGGAGAAAAGAGGUUCUGUAGUGAGUAGCAGCAGUACAAGCACAGAAGAAGGCGCAAUCAGAGUGAAUUCUCCUCUGGUGGAAGAUAAUCGUAAUGACAGUGCCUAUGAAUUAAUUGACAUGUCUGAAGUGAGUGUGGGUGGAAGCACAGGUGCCGGGGUGCAUGGAGCUGUUGGUAUAGCGGCAGGAGUUGCUGUAACAGGUGCAAUAGGGUCCAAGGUGGACGUUGAGUAUCCAGGAGAGCACAGUGACAACAAAACACUCCAUUCAGAAGACGAACAUGCACCAUGCAUCAAAGACAUGGUCAACAACAACAAUAGCAGCAGCAUAGAUGAAGGAAUCACAUUCCAAGCGAAGAAAGAUGACACCGAUGUCAUUCCAGACAACAGUAAAAGCAUGGAACCAAGAGAGAUCAUUGAACGCAGAGAAAAGUUCUCAGAGAAAAUCUCCAGCUUAGAUUCUGAGUUAUCUGAAGCAAGUACAUUAGUGAGCUACAACAGCACAGACACACUAGGGAAUGAGAGUGACAGUAGUUCCACCUGUGGUGAUGGUCGUGUACGUCGUACUCGCAUUACACAUCAGUCAAUACGAUCCGUCAUGUCAGACAGCGAAGUGGAACUAAAUGGGCUAUCUUCAUUUAGUGGAAGACACCGUUCUCCAACCACUUGGAGUUCCAAAAGCUGUGUAAGUGCUGGCUUCCGAUAUCAUGGUGGCAACAUGAUUGCAACAGACACAGAUGCUUCAGAGUUGCUGCUACGACACUAUGUGUUUGAGGCAUUGAUUGCAGCCAAGGAUAGGUCGCCCUUAUGGGACCAGGUUCAAUUUUGGGAGGAUUCCUUUCUGGAUUCUGUAGCAGCUGAGAGGGAUGCAGUUGGCAUGGAUCAAGGACCUGCUGAAAUGAUUCACAGAUAUGACUCCCUUACUCCAAGUGAAAAGAAGAGACUUGAAGAAGAUGAAGACAAACUCCUUGCGGAUAUGUUGUCCAAUGCCAUAGCGUUCAUGAUUAUGAUGAAAUUACCCAAGCCAGAAGUAAAACGUAAAGUUCGUCGUUUAUUGGGACGGUCUCACAUCGGUUUAGUCUAUAGCCAAGAGGUGAAUGACCUACUGGAUCAAAUCAACAAUCUGCAUGGCAAUGACAUUGAUCUGAAGCCAUCAGGCAGUAAACGUAUGCGGAAACAUUCAUUUGUGGUUCAUGCUGGGACUGACACUAAAGGAGAUGUGCUUUUCAUGGAGGUAUGUGAUGACUGCGUAAUCAUACGUAGUGGAAGUGGUGCUGUUUGUGAUCGCUGCUGGUAUGAGAGACUCAUCAACAUGACUUACUGCCCUAAAACAAAAGUCUUGUGUCUCUCACGAAGACUUACUAGCACAACUCGUCUGGACAAGUAUUACACUAAAAAGUGUCGUGAGUUGUACUUUUGCAUCAAGGAAAGCAUGGAAAAAGCUGCUACUCGUCAAAAAAACGGCAUCUCUGGAGGUAAGUCAUCAAAGAGGACAUGUGAUCUCUUGAUUGUUUUGUACUUAUCAAAUCAAAAACCUUUAAAAAAAUAAAAUUUGUUUCAAUCAAAGGAUUCAAAACUGCCAAAAAUACGCACAAAAUUCUAUGCAGUUGAUACCGACCCAGCAGCAUGAUAUUCGCCACUUCCGCCAAUCCCUCGUGCCACACCGAAUAUUUGGUGUCUUUGUCUUCAAAACAAAUGUGGUUAUUUACCCGGCGAUACCCUGUUAUUUAACCGGCAGUUUUCGUUGUCUCACAGCAGUGUUGCUGUACUGAAUGAGUGAGACUUUACACAGGGUGAGUGUCGCACGAGUCGCAAGCCAGUCACCCUUUACCUACGCUACCAGUUACCGUCCAGUCAGCGUGAUAUUUCGCUAUUCGCAAAUCCCUCACGCUGCACUGAAUGCUCAAUUCUUUUGCCUUCAACAUAAAUGCCACUAUACAUGUAUAACCAGCGAUUUGCUAU